GCUCGACACGUACCCGAGGCCGAGUAACUCAGUGAGUAGAAACAACUCCGCCGAUUUAUUUAAUUUUUUAUCAUUGUUGGAGAAGGAGAGUGGGGAGAAUUCGGCGAAGCGUUUUCUGAGUAGAAAGUAAAGAAGCGAAUUGCAACAUCUCCAGCAGAGAGAGAGCCUGCAACUGUCUUUAACCUAAAAUACAGUAAAAGCAGUUAUCUUUUUCACUUUUAUGUGGCCAAUGCCCACGUUUCUCUCACUUCACUUGGUAACGCAUCCCACUCCAAAUUAAUUAGAGAGAAUGGGGUCUUACUAAACAUAGAAGCCUUACUUCACUCACCCUGCCUUUUGUUGCACACUCUCUGACCUUCUUAUCCCUUUCAUUUACAUCUGGCUUCCACACUCCACCCAUAAAAUGAAGCCCAACCAUGCAACUUUCCUCAAACCAUCUCUCUCUUUCUUUCUACUAUUCCUGCAAUGGGUGUGAUGGAGAAUUGGAUAUGGGUUUUUGUGAUUUUUGCUUUGUGGACCUGCGCAUGCUCCUCUUCCGAACAAGAAAGAGCAAGAACUUUCAUAGUUAGGGUGCAACAUGACCUAAAGCCCACCGUCUUUCCCACCCAUGAGCACUGGUACAAAAGCAUGGCCUCUUCCUCUCCCACCGCCCAAAACCUCAUCCACCUCUACCACACUGUCUUCAAUGGCUUCUCAGCCAAGCUCACCCCCUCACAAGCCUCUCAGCUCUCGAACCACCCUGCCGUUCUCUCUCUCUUCGAAGACAGACCCCGAAAACUCCACACCACUCGCUCCCCUCAAUUCCUCGGCCUCUCCCAAGAACCCAACACCAUUUUGCCGAAAUCUGACUAUGGCUCAAAUCUCAUAAUCGGUGUCCUAGACACCGGAGUUUGGCCAGAGAGGCGAAGCUUCUCAGACACCGGAGUAGGCCCGAUCCCCUCACGUUGGAAGGGAGAGUGUCAAGAUACCUACGAUUUCCCAAAAACCUUAUGCAACCGGAAAUUGAUCGGUGCUCGCUUCUUUUCUGGUGGUUACGAGGCGGCCGCCGGUGCCAUGAACGAGACUUUGGAGCGCAAGUCACCGAGAGACACUGAUGGCCAUGGCACGCACACGGCCUCGACUGCUGCAGGGAACAUGGUGCCCAGAGCAUCCGCAUUGGGGUAUGCCCGCGGCGUCGCAUCGGGAAUGGCACCGUUGGCGCGUUUGGCUGUUUACAAAGUGUGUUGGGCGACGGGGUGCUUUGACUCUGAUAUCUUAGCAGCGAUGGAUAGCGCAGUGAAUGAUGGGGUAGAUGUGUUGUCGAUGUCUCUUGGUGGCGGGGCGGUGCCUUAUUACAUGGAUGCGAUGGCGGUGGGUUCGUUUGGAGCGGUGGAGCAAGGGGUUUUUGUGGCAGCAUCGGCCGGGAACGAAGGGCCGGGAGAGAUGACGGUGACAAACGUGGCACCGUGGAUUACCACAGUCGGUGCCGGGACGAUUGAUCGGGGUUUUCCGGCUGAUGUCGUGCUUGGCGAUGGCAGGGUCAUAUCCGGUGUCUCGAUCUAUCGCCACAAAGACACAGGCCGAGGCCACGCCACCGUCUCUUCCCCCGCCCCCCUCAUCUAUGCUGGCACCGCCGGCCAUCCCGGCGGCUUCGGUCCUGCACUGUGCAUGGAAAACUCCCUCGACCCCUCAUCAGUCCAAGGCAAGAUUGUCAUCUGUGAGCGCGGCAGCAGCCCCCGCGCUUCCAAGGGGGUUGAGGUGAAGCGGGCAGGAGGUGCCGGCAUGAUCCUCGCCAACUCCAUUGCCGAUGGCGAGGGCCUCAUUGCCGACUCCCACGUCCUCCCUGCUGUUGGAAUUGGGGCACGAGCUGGGGACCUCCUCCUACAGUACACGAACCAGUCAUCUUCACCACCUCAAGCCAAGUUCAUCUUCAGAGGGACCGCGCUCGGCGUCCACCCAGCUCCUAUCGUUGCUACGUUCUCAUCUCGUGGCCCCAAUCCUGAGUCGCACACGAUUUUGAAGCCUGACCUCCUGGCACCAGGAGUGAACAUCUUAGCAGCUUGGAUCGAUGGCUUGGGGCCCUCCGGCAUGCCUUCCGACAAGCGAAAGGCGGAAUUCAACGUGCUUUCUGGAACGUCCAUGGCUUGCCCGCAUGUGGCAGGGCUGGCCUUGUUGCUGAAGGGGGCUCAUCCCGAGUGGAGCGCGGCCAUGGUGAGGUCGGCACUCAUGACCACAGCUUAUACGAGGGACAACAUUGGCGGCACACUGCACGACGAGGCCAAUGGCAACCUGUCCACGCCACUGGCCUCCGGCGCCGGCCAUGUGGAUCCCCAGAAGGCAUUGGAUCCUGGCCUGGUGUACGAUAUAAACACCGAAGAUUACAUUGCUUUCCUCUGCAACUCGAAUUACAGUGAGACGAGCAUAAGGACGAUAACAAAAAGGGAGGUCCACUGUGGAACGAAGGGUUGGGUGGGGGAUUUGAAUUACCCAGCCUUCACAGUGGUUUUUGAGGGAGAAAGAGUGGCGGAGAUGAGGAGGGUGGUGAAAAAUGUUGGUGAUAAUGAGGUGGCUACAUAUAGAGUGGGGGUGAUAGAGCCAAAAGGUGUGAGAGUGAGCGUGGUGCCUCAAGAGUUGGUUUUCAGGAGGAAGGGGGAGGAGCUGAGCUAUAGGGUGAGGGUGGAGAAGGUAGGGGCGGAGGCGGUCGCGGAGGCGGAGGAGAUGAUCCAUUUUCCUGGUCCUGAAUCGAAGGUGUCGCACGGGACUGUGACGUGGACGGAUGGAAAGCACGUGGUGAGGUCUCCCGUUACGGUCGUCACGUUUCUCAACUCGGUCUAAGGAGUGGGAGUAUGGUUAGGACUUUUCAUGUGUAAGAUAGACUGUAUGUGGGAGCGAGUGAGAGAGCCAGGAAUCAAAUGGGUUUAGGAAGUAGGAAGCAAGUCAAAUGGAUAGACAGUGUAUUUAGGAAUAGCCUAGAUUAAUAAUUUUAAAAAAUUGCUAUGGAGAAUAUUUACCGCUAGAUAUAACAGUGCAUCCAUUUACAUA